AUGGAAAAGCAAAGAUUGAUGAUGAAUUGUGAAUACUUGAAUGGUCUGUUCCAUAAAGCAAAGCCAUAUUUGGGUGUGGUACUGUUGCAGUUUGGGAUUGCAGGGCUGGAUACCAUUGUGAAGAUUGCUAUGGAUCAGGGGAUGAGCCAUUACUCCCUUGUUGUCUACCGUCAUGCCAUUGCAGCUGCUCUCAUCUUCCCCUUUGCUAUCAUCUUAGAGAGGAAGGUGAGGCCGCGGAUGACACUAUCCAUCUUCAUCAAGAUCAUAUUUCUCGGAUUGUUAGAACCAGUACUUGACCAGAACAUAUACUUUGCUGGAAUGCAGUAUACCACAGUCACAUUCACCACAGCCAUGACAAAUAUGAUUCCUGCCUUGACCUUUGUUAUGGCUUUCCUACUUAAGAUGGAGAAAGUGAAUCUUAGAAAAUCAAGAAGCAUAGCUAAAGUGGCUGGAACUAUAGUCACACUUGGGGGAGCAAUGCUAAUGACCUUUAUUAAAGGUCCCUCCAUAGAAUUGCCAUGGACCAAAGGAGGAGCAGGAACCCAAUUAGCUAUAGCAGAAGCCAGUAUCCAACAACAACCUCUUAAAGGAGCUCUUAUGAUCACAGCAGGCUGCAUCUGUGCUGCUGGAUUUAUCAUUCUCCAGGCAAUCACAUUAAAGUCAUAUCCAGCUGAGCUCUCUCUCACUGUUUGGAUAUGUUUGAUGGGCACGAUCCAGGGCGCCUUGGUUGCGCUUGCAUUUGAACACGGCAACCCUUCUAUCUGGUCUCUUCAAAGGGACAUGAAACUUGUGGCUGUCCUCUACAGUGGAAUAGUGUCUUCUGGGAUAGCUUAUUCUCUUCAAGGAAUGAUAAUGAGGGCAAAAGGACCAGUUUUUAUCACAUCUUUUAAUCCCCUAAGCAUGGUUAUUGUUGCUGUACUCAGUACUUUCAUUUUAGGAGAAGUGCUAACUGUAGGACGCAUAGUUGGGGCAAUAGUCAUAGCCAUUGGAUUGUAUCUUGUGGUGUGGGGUAAGUACAAAGAUCAGUAUUCUUCAUCAGUAGUACAAGCUGAACUGCCAACCACCGCGAUUGCGAGUAACGGAGACAAGAAGAAUAAUGACAAUGAAUUAGCCACCAUUGUUUUGGCCAAAACAGAAGUGACCACAACAACAACAACCCAGGAACCCUCUUCAACAGAUAACGGAGGGAAGAAGAAUAAUGACAAUGAAUAA